ACUGACACAGUGGAGCGAUGCGGGCUCAGCAGCAGCAGCAGCAGCAGACAUGCAGGCCCCGUUAACGAGAGGCCCGUGGUGACACAUCCAGGCCCAGCUAACGGCGUAUCCGGGCGGAUUUCGGAGCAUCUCGGCACUUAUCACGGACACCGUUUGCUGUGAGGAAAAAAGGAUAUUUGCACCGAGGAAGAAGAAAUAGACGGAGAUCCAUUUCGGGUCUCUGUCGAGUCAACGCAGCCGCCAUUUUGUUGACAUUUAGUCCCUUGGAUGAUAAAAUAUGCCCACCACGUUGAUAACCUAUGAGGGGGGACACGGAGCCAAAUAAUGUGAGCGCCGUUUGGGAACAAUUAUACAGUUGAAGGACGGAGAAAGAGGGCUGGACAGCCAAAGAAGGAAAAGAAGCCACCUAUAAGCAAGGACCGCAUCACCCUCACCGUUAUCCCCCUUCCCCUUUUCCUCUUCACCCCAUCCCUCCCCAAAAUAAAAUCACCACCAGGUAUCGACCGUAUCCCCACUUAUUAAACCUGGCCUUCCCCUAAAUUUCUGAUGGAUCAGAACAGUCAGGGGGGAACUGCGGCUCCACCCCUCCAUCUCACAGGUGCUCCCACAGGUAUGCAAGAGAAGGAGGGAGGGGGUGGAAAGAAAGAAGCAGAGAAGGACAAGAAAAGAGAGAAGGAGGGCACAGAUGGUUCCCCUGGUGCAGGAGGUGCAGGAACAGGUGGUACAGGAGGGGCUGCCGGUGACCAGUCCCACUUCUCCAUCAAAGAGAGCAACUUGUCUGAGGGCAAUGUCAAACUCAAAAUUGGCCUUCAGGCAAAGCGAAUGAAGACCCCGAAAAUCCUGGAGAAUUAUGUGUGUCGUCCAGCCUUCAGGGCCACUGUGAGGCACACAGGACGAGGAAACAGUGCUCGAGGAAACCGUGCAGCAGCUACAAGUGAUGGGCCAGGUAGUCAGAGCCAGAACCAGAUUCCUGUACAAUGCAGGGAGAAGGAGCAGAGUCCUUGUGUUAACAGACCAGCCUCUUCGUCUUCAUCAGCCCCUUCUGCUGCAGCUUCUACCCCACCUCCUUCUUUGCCAUCUCCAGCCAGCACUUCUACCCUGUCAUCCUCCUGCCUUUUGAAUGUGAGCAAUUCAGCAAAAAGGGGUUCACCAAAGACGGAUGGCAAGUCUGAUGUAAAGCCAGACACAAAAACAGCCACCACCAUAUCUGAGAGACCUCUUAACCUUCACCGCCCUCCAACAGACAGCAAAACACAUGCCUUUGGGAAGAAAACUCCCAAUACACAAAGCAACCCCAGGGCAGCUUCACCUUCUUCACCAGUAUCUGUAUCAAAAGAACCCAGCAUUGAAGGAGUUAAUUCACCUCAGUACACAUACAGCACUGAAGGCCACAGAGAAAAGGACAAGACUGUUCAAAACUGGGGAACCCCCACAGUCACUGAAAAGUUAGCUCAACUCAUAGCAACUUGCCCACCAUCAAAGACUCCAAAGCCUGCUAAAUCUGUAAAGAUUGACCCUGCUCCUUCUCCACCUAGCACAGGCUUCAUGGCCCCCACUGCCAAGCAACGAGACAGAGCAAUGGCAAAUAGGAACACAUAUUCACGAAUGGUCCACCUUUCUCCACCACCACCUGUGUCUCGUCCACCUGGCCGGCCUUAUGGUUCUCGUAACAAAGACAGUAUUUUGGAGAAUUCAUCCAACUUGAUAAUGCCAAGGAAGGAGGACACAGAUAAGACUGAAAAGUCUAGUAAUGCUAGUAACAACAUUAUCAUUAGCAACAACUUAACCAGUAGCAACAGCAGUAGUCGCAGCAGCAGUCCAGCAUUGUCCUAUUGUAGUAACCGCCUCUCAAUCGUGUCAAAGGACAGCAACAGCGACAACUGCAUUAGUAAUGCUAAGUUACAUUCACGCCCUGCUCACUGUGUGCCAAACACCACAUCUUCACCGUCUUGUCUCAUUUCAACAUCCACCACUUCAGCCGAGCAGAGAACACUGAGUGCAGUAAGUCAUCUGGGCACCCCUGCUCCUUCUCAAGGACACUAUGCACGAGAGAGUCUCACCCUAGCAGAGGAGAGCAAUGCAGCUGAGAUGGAGCAGGAGAGAGACAACCCAAAAGACUUAACCAAGUGUCUUGCUACAGUAGCAACAGGAAAGUUAGACGUGAAAGAGAAAGGCCCAAGUAAUCAGUCCAUUAGGAGUGAGAGGGGGAAGAGCUCUAGUCCACCUAAGCACAGUCCCAAUCAGGACAGCAGCCGUACCAGUCGAACUAGCAGUCCCCCUCUGCCCCUGAGACAUAGUACACCUUCUCCUCCAGAGCCAGAAGGUUGCAGUAGCCCAGAAUUGCCUCUUGGAGAUGAUUCUCAUGAUUCAUCCCCUGACUCUCCCCAAGAGCAAGACAGCAAACCCCUUAAAAAACGAAGGGGGAGGAAACCCCGUUGGACCCGUGUUGUGAAUAAAAAUCAUAGUCAAAGAGCAGACCACGAUACUCCCUUUGAUGAGAGCAAAGCCACCAUGCCUUUAACAUCAAACUUGGACAGCCCCACCAAUGAAAGACCUGUAGGCAGGCCUCCCAACCCAAAUAAGGUAAAACCAAAUUCUGUGCCACAAAGUCCAGUGUCACAACUCUUUGCACCCCAGCCUAAGAAAAGGGGAACACCAAGAUGUAAAAUGCGAGGCUUGACAUUCCUACUCGUGGGCGGCCGUCUAAACAAACUGGCCCCAUCAAAGGUAUUUUCAUCUUUAUUUAAAUCCAAAGAAGAGCAGGAUCCACCUGUUCUUCACCCAGAGGUGGAUCUGAAUCCCCCCAAACCUAUGCCCAAAAAACGUGGACGUCCUAAACGACUUCCCCCUACUUUGCCACAGGAAGGUCAGCCUCCAACGCUAGCUCCGGAGGCAGGGGAUGUGGGGGAAAAACGGUUCCGUACCAAAGGAAAUGGGCAGCUUAUCAUGAAAACCAUCAUAGGCAAGAUCAAUAAGAUGAAAAGUGUGAAACGGAAACGGCUCCUCAGUUCACUUCUCUUAUGCCCAAGACAGAAAGAAGAGACCCCUAAAGGUACUACCAGUUCUGUGACUGGCUCUGUGGAAGUUGCAACACAGUCAUUGUCGUCUCUGGCUGCUUCUUUUGGGGGAAAAUUAGGGCCACAAAUUAAUGUCAAAAAGGGUACAAUAUACAUGGGAAAGCGGAGAGGCCGGAAACCAAAAUCAGCGACUAAUGCUUCUUCCAGUGCUCAGACAUCACCGCUAGAGCCAUUUCUGUCCCGAAAUACUACUUCCCCUCUCCAUCACCACCUCUCAAAUGCUCAGCAACAGCACCAGUUAUCCUCUGUAGAGGUCUUCCCUUCCCCCUUCUCGCAAUCCAGUGGAGGUCAUAGUCCUGUCAAUGAUACCAGUUUUGUGGAGCCAGGUUCAGUGCACUUUGCAGGGCAUGCUCACUAUUCUUCAAACCCCCAUCAUAGCCACAACUCAUUUCCUUUUCCUCCACCCACCUUUUCAGCUCCUAAUCCUCGUAAUCCUGGGAUGGGCUCAUCAUUAACAUCUGUGACCACAGCAUCAUCUCAGAAGAAGGCAUCUUGCCGUGGAUAUCACCAUUAUAGGCAGCAGUAUUACUAUCAUAAACUUUCACCUCCGAGGCCCCUCCAUCCCACAUCUCCUGCACCGCUUAAUGAGCUAAAAGAAGCUACUCCAUCACCAGUCAGUGAGUCACACAGUGAAGAGACGGUGCCUAGUGACAGUGGUAUAGGAACAGACAACAACAGUACUUCUGACCGGGGUGAAAAAGUUGGAGGGCCAGGUGGCUUGGGUGGUAUUGGAAUGCCACCUAGUAUGGGAAGUGGGCUAUUAAUGCCAGGUGUCAUGGGUUCACCAAUGGGAACAGGGAUGGGCUUUAAUUCCAGAGGAAGGCGGAGGCAUUCUUCCACUGUGCUUCUGGAACAUCCAUCUUCGUCUCCAUCACCGCAUGGUGUAAGGUCAUCACCUGAUCCCAGAAGGCCACACCCAGCUGCUACCACUUCAUUAAUGGGACACAAGGAGAAACAUAAGCACAAAUGUAAGCGUAGGAGCCAUGGAUGCCCUGGCUACGACAAACUAAAGAGACAGAAAAGGAAACGCAAGAAGAAAUACUUACAGCUGCGCUCCCGACGACAUGACCCAGAUUUUCUUGCUGAGCUGGAUGAGAUAGUAGUGAGACUGAGUGAGAUAAGGAUAGCACACCGUACCACAGGCCACCGGCUUGGCAGUGGGAUAGGAAUGGCUGCAGGAACAACUAGAGUGCCAGGAGUGGGCAACAGGACCAGUGGUGGUAUCGGUGGCACAGGUGGCCCUCCACCGCAUCAUUAUGUCCACAGAGACUUGCUACCUACGAUUUUCAGGGUUAACUUUGGCGGCUUUUAUUCCCCUCAUCCUGCAUAUUCUUGUGAUCCAUUGCAUUAUGUUCGCAAACCAGACAUGAAGAAGAAACGUGGACGGCCUCCUAAACUCAGGGAGUCCAUGUCUGAGGUUCCCUUUGUACCUGGACUUGGAUUCCCGCUUUCCAGUGGAGGGUUCUACCACCCGUCCUACAGCGUUCCAUACUCCUCUGGUCACCUAGGUUUGGGCUAUUACAGAGGUUAUCCGCCAACUAGUGCUCUGUAUCCUCACCCACACCACCAGUCACCUCAUACAGCUCCAUCCCAUCACUCUCACCACUCCCCAUCUUUCCCUCCUCCUCCCACAUCCUACAUACAUCAUCACCACCCCUCUCAAAUUUUGAUGAACCCUUCCAAAUUUCACAAGAAGAAAACAUAAGCUGCUAGGCAGGAAUACCUGGGCGGAGGAAGGUCUCCUGUCUUAUACCCACCAAUGUCUUCAGAGCUUUCCUUCAACUGGCAUCACAAACACAAACACCGACACAAACACAGAGAUCGCUGUGCUGAGGAGGAGAUUGAAGAGGCAGGAAGAGGAGGAGUUGGAGGCCGGGCUAGUGCAGGGAUUUCUGAUAGUGGCACAUCGGGGAAAAUAGAGCGUAUUGGAAGUCUGGGGAUGGUGGACUCUUUACAACGAUGUCGUUUUGGACGAGACACUUCCAGCACCAGUACCAGCAAACAAGCUGGUGCUACUUCUGUCAAUUCCCCAUCUUCCUCAUCAUCUUCUGCAGAUCGGUACAAGCGUAAAGAGAGCUCCAUGUCUUGUCUGGGGCCCUCCCGUCUGUCCAUGAGUAGCAGCACCAAAGGCCAUCACUCAAUAGACUCCUGGUUUAGGAUGAGCAGCUCUGAGACAGACUACUCUAAACUUUCCAGAAAUCAAAUGGCACAAGGCCAGGGUCCAUUUUCAGAUGGACAGGCUGAAGAGUCAGCAGGCUGCUCAGAUAGUGAGGAUGAAGAUCCUCUCACACCCCUGGGAGAUGUAGAGGCUGGGACCCAUAAUUCUCCAAAUCUUUCAAAUUUGUUUACAUCUGCCCUCACCCGCACCUCUGUUAGGGCAGGCAAGGGCAGAAAGACUGAGUUAGUCACAGAAGAGUCCAGCUUUUCCCACAUGGAACAGACGAUAAGGAAGGAUCGGUCGACAUCAGCAGAGAGGAGAGAGUUGGGUGCCUCAACUUUGCAACCCAGAGGUGUUGUCCUCUCAACCACAGAAGGCCCUGAAGGAUCUCUGCACCACCGCCAGCAGCAUCACCACCCGUCUUCUCUCUUCCACUCCCACGUCUCUGCCUCCUCUGUCUGCCUCUCCCCUUCCCAGGAACAUUGUUUGGAUGCUUCCUUGCCCCACCACUCCCACAGGGCACAGCCUUCAAAACACCGCCUGCACCACGUCAACAAAAUCCUGCGUGCCAAGAAGCUGCAGAGACAGGCUCGUACAGGAAACAAUGUGGUAAAGAAGAGGGGACCUGGCCGUCCAAGGAAACAUCCGUUACCUUCUCCACCACCAUCGCCACCACCUGUGGUUGAGUUGACUCAGACUCAGCAGAAGGACAGAGGGGGAGAUCAGGAAGCAGGGGCCAAAGGAUUGGAAGGAGACACUGUGAAAGACGCUAUUGAAUCUGUAAUACAUGGCCAGCAUCGGAAAGGCCAGAAGAGGAAACACUGGGAGAGAGAAGGGGAUAGGGAAGAGGAGGAGGUGGAAGAAGCUGGGGAGGCGGAAGAGGCCGAGGAACGACUGCCAGACAGAGAGGACAACAGGAACUUGGCAAUGAGGUCUAGAGCGGGAAGCGGGAGAGGCUGGGUUAACCAGGAUGAUCUCCCCCGCUUUAAUAGCCCUAUGGAAGACAAGCCAGAUGGUCACUGUUCUCCAGAACGCUCAGGCACUGUUUCCAGGGAACAAGUUCCACCCAUUCCCCUAACUAGCCAACGGGAGAAGAGACCAGCCAGACCUCCAAAGAAAAAGUUCCAGAAGGCGGGACUUUACUCUGAUGUGUACAAGACUGAAGACCCCCGCAGUCAGAUUCUGCAGCUUAAGAAGGAGAAACUUGAGUACAUACCAGGGGAACAUGAGUAUGGAUUGUUUCCUGCUCCUAUACAUGUUGGGAAGUACCUAAGACAGAAGCGCAUUGAUUUCCAGUUGCCUUAUGACAUCUUAUGGCUGUGGAAACAUGAUCAGCUUUAUAAGAGGCCUGAUGUCCCCCUUUAUAAAAAGAUCAGAUCGAAUGUCUAUGUGGACGUGAAGCCUCUGUCUGGUUACGAAACAACCACGUGUAAUUGUAGAUCUCCUGCGGAUGCCAAUGAAAAAGGCUGCCUAGAUGAUUGCUUGAAUAGGAUGAGCUUUGCGGAAUGCUCUCCCAGCACAUGCCCAUGUGGUGAUCAGUGUGACAACCAGCAUAUCCAGAGACAUGAAUGGGUCCAAUGUCUGGAGCGAUUCCGCGCUGAAGGCAAAGGCUGGGGCAUCCGUACCAAGGAGUCUCUUCGCUCAGGACAGUUUAUUAUUGAGUACCUGGGAGAGGCGGUUAGCGAACAAGAGUUUAGGAAUCGAAUGAUGGAACAGUACUUCUCCCACAGUGGCCACUACUGUUUAAACUUGGAUAGUGGUAUGGUGAUCGACAGCUACAGGAUGGGUAAUGAGGCGCGCUUCAUAAACCAUAGCUGUGAGCCCAACUGUGAGAUGCAGAAGUGGUCGGUGAAUGGGGUGUACAGAAUUGGUCUGUUUGCUCUGAAGGACAUCAGCAGUGGCACUGAGCUCACAUAUGACUACAACUUCCAUUCCUUUAACACAGAAGAACAGCAAGUGUGCAAGUGUGGCUCAGAAAGCUGCCGAGGCAUCAUUGGAGGGAAGAGUCAGCGUAUUAACGGCCUUCCUGCAAAGGCAGCUGGAACUCGGCGGCUGGGUCGACUCAAGGAGAAACGUAAAUCCAAACACCAGCUCAAAAAGAGAGAGGAGGAGUCGAGUGACAGCAGCAAGUUUUACCCUCACCUCAUGAAGCCCAUGUCCAACAGAGAGAGGAACUUUGUGCUGAAGCACAGAGUCUUUCUCUUGAGGAACUGGGAGAAGAUGAGAGAGAAACAGGAGCCACUGAAGAGAGAGGGUGACAGAGACAGGGAUGCCAGCAGCCUUUCUCUUUAUACGCGCUGGGGAGGAGUUAUCCGUGAUGAUGGUAACAUUAAGUCAGAUGUGUUCCUGACACAGUUCUCGGCCCUUCAGACAUCGCGGUCAGUACGCACACGGAGGCUUGCCGCAGCUGAGGAAAACACAGAAGUGACACGCACUGCCCGUCUGGCACAUAUCUUCAAGGAGAUUUGUGACAUGAUCACCAGUUACAAGGAUUCAGCUGGCCAGACACUUGCUGCACCGUUGGUGAAUCUCCCAUCGAGGAAGAGAAACAGCCAGUACUAUGAGAAAGUGUCUGAUCCCCUGGACCUGAACACCAUUGAGAAGCAAAUACUCACUGGCCAUUAUAAGACAGUUGAAGCGUUUGACAGUGACAUGCUUAAAGUUUUCCGCAAUGCUGAGAAAUAUUAUGGCAGGAAGUCAUCAGUAGGUAGAGAUGUUUGUCGGCUGCGGAAAGCUUACUACAGUGCUCGCAACGAGGCUGCGGUCCAGAUUGAUGAAAUCGUAGGUGAGACCGCCAGUGAGGCAGACAGCUCGGAUUCGUUGGAGCGUGACCAUGGACACCACCACGGAGGGAGUGGCCCGGGUUCUCAUGAUAAGGAUGACGACGUGAUCCGUUGCAUCUGUGGAUUGUACAAGGAUGAAGGACUGAUGAUCCAGUGUGAGAAAUGCAUGGUUUGGCAGCACUUUGACUGCAUGCGACUGGAAUCAGAGGUGGAGCACUACCUUUGUGAGCAGUGUGACCCUCGACCUGUUGACAGGGAAGUUCCCAUGGUACCACAGCCCAGUUAUGCGCAGGCGGGCUCUGUCUACUAUAUCUGCCUCCUUAGAGAUGAUCUUCUGUUACACCAAGGUGAUUGUGUGUAUCUGAUGAGAGAUAGUAGACGCACCCCUGAGGGCCAGCCAGUCAGGCAGUCCUACCGUCUGUUGUCUCACAUCAAUAGAGAUAAACUGGACAUCUUUCGCAUUGAAAAACUCUGGAAGAAUGAAAAGGGUGAAAGGUUUGCUUUUGGCCACCACUACUUCCGUCCUCAUGAGACGCAUCAUUCUCCAUCACGACGGUUUUACCAGAAUGAGUUAUUCCGUAUGCCGCUCUACGAGAUCAUCCCCUUGGAAGCAGUGGUGGGAAACUGCUGUGUCCUCGAUCUCUACACUUACUGCAAGGGGCGGCCAAAGGGUGUGAAGGAGCAGGAUGUGUACAUCUGUGAUUACCGUUUGGACAAGUCUGCUCAUCUGUUCUACAAGAUCCAUCGCAACCGCUACCCAGUGUGCACCAAGCCGUAUGCCUUCAACCACUUCCCCAAGAGGCUCACACCAAAGAGAGACUUCUCGCCUCACUAUGUUCCUGACAACUACAAGAGGAACGGAGGACGGUCUGCAUGGAAGAGUGAACGACCCAAAGGAGCUGGGGGUGGAGAGGAUGAUGGCUCCUCCUGUGACCGAGGGGAUGAUUUCCUACCCGAGGAUGCAGAUGAUGGGCGAGGAACAGAGGACGACAUGGAUGUGGCUCUGGAAGAUCCUGAACUUCUCUCAGGCAAGCUCCAAAGGCCGGAGCAGCAAGGGGACAGAGACAAAGAGGAGGAGGAAGAGGAGAGGCUGGAGACUGAGGAGUGCAAGGAGCUGGAAGAGGGUUCCACAGAGAGGAUAGGAGCAAUGCCCGAAAUCCUGUCCUCUGCAUCCUCACCAUUACACCACCCAGCGCUGGGCAGGAGGGAGGCCCAGAGGGAAAGGCUCAACAAGAUUCUGUUGGAGCUGCUGCACAGAACACCCAGCAAGAACGCCAUAGAUGUCACUUAUCUCUUGGAAGAGGGUGCAGGGCGACGGCUACGGCGACGGACACUUGGAUUUGGUGAUUUUGUGGGCAGAAAAUAACAUGACUCCAUAUCUGGCAAGCACAUUACCUUUCAUUUUAUGAGUAAAAGGCAGACCGUGAAGAGAGAGGAAGAGGGGAUAUUAGCAUUGUUGGUGAUUCGGCGAUGAAGGACCACGGUGCACUCCUGGUGGCCUCUUCCACAGCAUUACCUCUUUCAAGACUCUCAUCUCAGUACUGACAGGGUGAGGAGUGGGGAGGGGGUGUUGGAAGUUACAGUUCAACAGAAAUUUCAAGUUCUUUAAGGUUCACAAUAAGCACGAAGGGAGUUGACCCAGACGUUUUGCCUAUUUAAGUAAAAUGAUGCAAAACCUCUUUUUUAUGAACAUAGGAGAAUUAACCCAUGCACUUAAAUGCAUUGAACAUUACAAACAUGGGUGAAUAAAUUCCACUAGUGAGCAUUGGAGAAGAAACAGGUGGUACUGAGAAAGGAGAGUUGAGGAAGGUAGUAGGUUCACAAUGUUGAAGUGUUCCCCCUAGUGGGGACUUGCUGUAAUGACAGGUUACAAUUGAUCAGCACCUCGUAACCAUUUGGGGAAAAUGGCAACGUAAGAUGAGCGUUUUGCUCAGAGCUGCUUAUGAACUCUGAGACAGAGACAGGGGUUAAAAAAAAAAACGGUUGGUGAGCUGCACUUUUUGGUACCAUGGAUAUUGUGACGCUUUAUGUAAUGCAUCUUUAGUAAAAACACUAAUACAGUAUUGGACAAUGCAGUCUGGUGGGGAAAAAAAACGAGUGAGUUAAAAGAAAAAUGUUUUCCUGUUAUACUGUAGUAACUCAUUUAAGAACACAAUAGUCUGCAGUCAGUUUGCUUUUUUUCCCUUAGGAGGGGAGAGGACAGUGGAAUGACUGCGCUUCUUUUUUUUUUUUUUUUUUCAGUGUCUUGCUGAAUUUGUUUAUAUAUAUAUAUUUUUGUGAGGCAGUCAGCUUCGCCCCUCUUUUUUGAAGUAACGUGAUUCACCAGCUUAAAUAAAUCAGACGGGGAAGAUGACACCGGCUUUAACUGUAACGCCUUAGACAGCCGUGCUCUCUAGCCACCUUGCGCAAGCGUGUGUGUGCGUGUGCAUGCAUACACACUUAUUUUGUGUUUGUAUUCAGCCAGAUUUCUUGAAGAUAUACCUUUUUAAAAAUUUAAAUAAUAAUAAAAAAUAAGGGCUUGAUGGCAAUUAACAGUUUUAAGAAAACUAUGGGAAACAAUAGUUAACAUGAAAUGUAUCGUGAUGGUCAUAUUUUCUUAUAUUCUGUGAGACGGGGUGGUGUAUACUGUAUAUUGGGAGGGGGAGGGAGUUAUAUAUAUUUUCCUUUUUUGUCUUUUGGAUUAUCUUUCUGGUUGCCAUGGAGAAUGUUUUAAGAUAAAUAGUGAUAUUUGUUGAGAUUUCUUCCCCCAUCCUAAAUGCCUCUGGUAAAAAGGGACCGCCUGCAGUGUCCCGGAGCGCUGAACUGACAAACGACGAGGAUGAGACACUGACUGGGGGUGAGGGGAACGGGAAGCUGUACAGUGCCAAGUUAUGUACAUAUACACUUUACAUUGAGGAGUGUCUCCAAAAGCAAUAUCUUGAAAAUUGAUUUUGUUUAUUAUUGUAUUGUACAGAACUCAGCCCUAAAUGUAUUAUGAUUAUUAUUAUAAUUAUGAUAAUAUUAUAAUUUUUCUGUUUGUGUUACUUUAAUGAAGACACUUAAACUUGGAGGAAAUUGAUUUUUCUAAUGUUCAGAAAAUGUCAUCGUAACUGUCCUAAUGACAUAAAAACUGAAGCUGAAUUUUUGUUGCCUAUAAAUGAAUUUCAUUUAUGCACUGCAUGAAAGAAGAAUGUCUAAAGGACACAGAGAAGACAUUAGGACAUGGCAGUGGCUCAGCAAUGACACCUUUGUCACUCAAUAUUGUUAAUAAUAUACCUUUUAAGGAGAAAUUUACUCCUUGUUUUUUGCUGCAAAGUGUUGAACACUAAAAAAACAAAUCAACAUAAAAAUGUUAUAAUAUUUUUAAGAACAGAAACAAAAGUAAGCUGUCAGCCUAAUAUUUUGUUUUUUAUUUUUUUUCUUUACUUUUGAAUAGGAAAUGGUUCCGUUUUGUGAUAGCGGUCAUUGUAUGAUGCUUGUACUUGUAUUUGUGCGUUUUGUGUGAUUUGUUUAGUUAUUUUUAGACAAUCACAAAAUAAGAUGCAAGCAUUGUAAAUGGCAGACUGGUGGACAUUUUGUGAUGUGUACAGUUUGUCAGAAAA